CCCACCUGCCAGGUGCUUAAACUGUAGGCGUGGCAUGGGUUUGACUGCACAACCUUAACCGGAAGCCUUCCGUAUUUGAUAUCCAGACGCUUACUGCAGCAGAGGACACUUACUCCUGAGCUAUAGCUUCCUUGACAGUGUAACCUGUUGAACAGGCAUGAUGGUGAACUGCUGUGGUCUGCUCAAUAUAAAUAAGGAACCAGUUCCUCUGAAGAGCGUGGAGGUGGAGCUGGAGGUGAGGGACCAUGUGGCUACAGUGGUCUCCACUCUGAACUAUGAGAACAAGGAGGACAAACCACUAGAGGCUGUUUUUGUCUUCCCUCUGCCUGGAGAUGCUGCUGUCUGUCAUUUCAGUGCUAAGAUUGGACAGACACACAUUGUAGCUGAGGUGAAGGAGAAACAGGAGGCUCGUGAGGAGUAUGACGAUGCUUUGAGCUCCGGUCAGCAGGCCUUCCUGCUGGAGGAGAGUGAGCAGAGUCCAGAUAUAUUCUCUCUGAGUGUGGGCAGUCUGCCUCCAGGAGAGAGCGCCUCCAUCAGGCUGGAGUACGUCAUUGAGCUGGCUGUGCAGGCUGAUGAAGGGCUGAGGUUUUGUCUGCCUGCUGUGCUCAACCCUCGCUACGAACCUCAGGGUAGGAAAACCAGCCAACACCUUCAUCAGGAGCCCCUAAGCUUCAACUUAGUGCACACCACACCUGUCCAUACAGACGGUUUUAUUGCAUCAGUCACAUGCACAACAGUAUACUGGUGA